AUGUAUGCAGACCAGAUCUCCACCGGCCGCAAGCGCUCCAUCCAUGACCGCCUUGACGCCGACCUCCCCUCCGACCGCGGCGGCGCGGACGCCGCCGGCCGGGCUCGUAACGCGCUGUCCAAGAGGCAACGACAAACUGAUGAUAAAUGGAAGCAUGAUCUUUACCGGGAUGAUGAAUCAGCUUCAAGAUCAGUUGAUCCACGGGAUUUGCGAUUCAAGCUUCAGAAGAAAAGCUCUCAGCAAGGGUUUGCUGGCCAAAAGGGUUCCGGGGUACGUGAUCUACGUGAGAUGUUAUCUGGAACAAUGCACGCACAACCAUCAAAUGUUGACCCUCAAAAGAGGAAACCGGUGUCAGAGGUUGUGAAAGUCACAAGGCGUGAAAUUGUUGAUGAAAGGCCUGUACGCCUAAGUAAGAAAGUAUCAAAACCAUCAACAUCCAAGAAGACUUCUCAGCCAAAGCAUUUCCCUUGGAUCACUUAUGCCGACCUUGAUAGAAUUUUGAGAAAUCCCAUUAGCCACUGUCAUGCUGAAAGUCCACUCGACAGUUUUCUGAAAUCACUUGGACUUGAGAAGUAUUCUAUUACCUUCCAGGCGGAGGAGGUUGACAUGGCGGCCCUACGUCACAUGACUGAAAGUGAUCUCAAGGCGUUGGGCAUCCCGAUGUGGAUAUGCCGUCUGCUUCAUCCCGGAAGUGUCUCUGCGUUGCCCUGCCAAUCUGCCGCAAAGAUAGGCAGAUGGGAGCUCCUGGAUGAUUGUUCGUUCAAUCUUAUUUUUAGGGAAUGCCAUCAUGGCUGCUUUAUUGAAUUGCUAAAGAGCUUCUAUUACUUGGGGGACCCUGAUUCUGGUGAGUCUGCUGUCUCCUUAGCCACCACAUGUUACAUCAAUGCCCUCCUUAAGACCAACAGAAGGUAA